AGCAUUUUCUUCCACUUAUUCAACACCGAGUCAUUCGUGUCCUCACUGACAAUAUGGCUACAAUAUAUUACAUAAACAGACAAGGGGGAGCUCGAUCUCGGUCGCUUUGCGCUGAGGCAAUACGUUUGAGGCAAUCACCACAACGUCUCCCUCACUGCCAGGCCAGCAGAACUGCACUGCCGAUGCGCUGAGCAGCACUUCUCUGCAAACCACGAAUGGGAGCUACACCCCCAAAUAUUGUACAGAAUAUUCUAUCACUGGGGGUUUCUAGAUAUAGACCUUUUCGCUAUGUCUCGCAAUGCGAAAUGCCCUCAGUAUUGCUCGAGAGCCAGGAUCGGACACAGAUCCAGAGGCGAUGCUUUCCUACGCAGCUGGUCUCACCACCUUUUAUACGCAUUUCCUCCCACGCCUCUGAUGCCCAGAGUUCUGGAGUAAAUACACUCAGACAGAGCCACAGUAAUUCUCAUAGCACCCUAUUGGCCCCGACAGACAUGGUUUCCCUACUUUAUCGCAUGUCAGCCCACAUCCUGAUCCCACUUCCCAGGUGUCAUGAUCUGCUCUUGCAGAAUCAUCGUUCCUUGCUCCACUCUCAGAUCGACCACCUGGCACUCACAGCAUGGUUUCUCCAUGGUUCCAGCAAGCAGAACUAGCCUGUUCAAGUCCAGUUAAGAAUGUCCUUUUACACAGUAGGAAGAAAUCUACACGUAUUGCCUACCUGCACAAAUGGAAGCGUUUUUCCUCAUGGUGUGCGAAUACAGGAGACAGUUUGGCCUCGGCACCUAUCCAUCUAAUCCUAGAUUACCUCAUGCACCUCAAGGACUCCAGUCUCUCCUUGGCAUCUAUCAGAGUCCACGUGGCAGCAGUCACCGCCUUCUACCAUCCUGUACAGGGGUAUUUGCUCUUUUCACAUCCUAUGACAAAGAGAUUUAUGAAAGGAAUCACUAACCUUUUUCCCCAUCACACCAGACCAGCAGAUCCUUGGGACCUGGAGCUGGUCCUCAGUACUUUGACAACUUUGCCUUUCGAACCCCUGGCAAUGUGCGACCUUCAUACUUUGUCCAUGAAAGUCAUCUUUUUAUUGGCCAUAACCUCGUCAAGAAGAGUUAGCGAGCUGGUUGCAUUAUCAGCCUCGUUCCCCUAUACAGUGUUUACUCCUCAAGGAGUCAUAUUAUGCCCUCAGCUGCGUUUUCUGCCUAAAGUGAACUCUCAGUUCCAUAUUAACAAACCCAUAGUUCUCCCUGUUUUUCACCCUAAGCCCCAUUGUUCGGCAGAGCAAGCACGUCUUCACACUCUGGAUGUCAGACACGCACUCGCCUUUUAUAUACAAAGAACUAAGCCACUGCGAAGAUCAAGAACACUUUUAGUUUCGAUGGCGGAGCACUCUAAAGCCUGUCUGCUAUCUGCACAAUGCAUUUCCUCAAUCAUAGUUGAGUGCGUAAGAAAAUGUUAUAUUUUUCAAAGCAAACCAUUUCCAACAACAACUAGGGCUCACUCGACCCGAGCAGUCACUGCUUCUACUGCAUUCUUGAAAGGAGUAUCCUUGAAGGACGUUUGCAGGACUGCCACAUGGUCAUCCGAUUUUACUUUUGCCAAGUAUUAUGCAAUGCCUAACCUGCUUAUACCAGACGCCACUGUAGCAUCAGCAGUACUCUCCACAGCUGCACCUCGUUAGCUCCGAACCCUCCACCGUUCCAAGGAGCUAUUGCUGUGCAUUCACCUACAGUGGAGCACCCACGGGACACUGCUCGAAGAAGAAGAAGUUACUCACCCUGCUCCACGACCCGCCCUCCUCCCCUCUUCGGAGUAACUUAUUGUGUUUUUCAGAACAAGUGGAUCAGGAGGAACUGGCAGGCACCGGACCGCGCGCACAAGAAAUGCACAAAAAGACGCGAGCUGCACUGGCGCAUGCGUGGUCCGGCACACUACGGCUAAAAAGAUCUCUGAACUGCGGCACUGGGACAAGCCUGACACCUACAGUGGAGCACCCACGGAACACGCAUCUCAAAGAACCAUCGUUACUUUACAGGUGCAACUAAAAUAUACUUUCUGGAGAGGAUAUUACAGCUUCACUUUGUAAGAAAACUCCUUCUUAUUUACUGCUUUUAACUGAAAAACAACAUAUAGAAGAAAAGGUUGUGAAAAUUUGUUUUACUUGUACCAGGUAUUGAGCAGAAUUGCUUUCAUACAAUGCACAUUCAUGUGUACAUUAUUUAUUUGUAUUAUGUAGUGCCUAGAGGUUCCAGACAGGAUUGAAGAUGUAUCAUUAUGCAAGAGUACAGAGUAAAAGACAGUCCUUACUCUUAAGAGCCUGCAAUCCAAACAAAGGAGACAAAGAAAAAAAAUAACCAACAGCUCAAAAAUACAUCAUGUGUUGAUCAUAUUUCUCCAACCUACCUUUCCUGUAUUCUGUAUAUAUGCCACAACCAACUCAUAGUGGCCAUCUCUCACCAAGCCUGCCCCACAAAUUGCUAAAACUCAAUUUCAGAGAAUAAAACAAAAACAGAAAAUCAGACUGGCCCAAAGUGUCUCAAAGCUUGCUUCUGACUCACAUCUUCUCUGCUCCAUUUGGAAGGGAAUGAGGAGUAACAUCUGACAAUGUCUUGGGAGAGGGAGCCAACAUGGCCCAUUCCUUCCAUUGCAGUUAUUGGCAGACAGCUCAAAGCUACUCAUCUGCUCCCUGUGUUGCAGAAGAUGACAGAAGAGAAGGGGUUCUUGCUGUAGUCUCAUGAAAUAAUAUUCAGAUGUUUUUGUUUGCAAAACAAACAAAAAAUGAACACUUCCUUCUCACCGUGAAAUCAGGAACUUCUGGGAAAACACUGCUUUUGUAAUGAAAAGACUUAAUAAAUAAGUUAUAAUAUAAAUCACUCUGCUACAAGUAGAAAUCCUGAUAGAAAUAUACAACCUAAACUACUAAAAACUAGUCUCAAAUCCAGUAAGCAUUAGUUUUUAAGAGACAAAUCAUUAUUGUUCAUUAUUGUUAUGUAAUUGGAUUGUGAUAUGUCUUUACAGAUCAUUGUGGUAUAUUUGCAACAAAUCAUGUAUAAAGCGGGCCAAGUGAGAUAUCUAUGUAAAGCAUAUGGCUCGCUGGUUGUGUUUGUAGUAUUUGUAUGCAUGCAUCUUUUUUUACUUUAAGAUAUGAACAUUAUAUGUGUGUCAAAUGUUAGCUCGUAGACUGGAGUAACUAGCUGGCCAGUAGGCCUAAGAAAGGCUAUUCAUGUUGAUUGGCCCAACAACAUGAACAAUGAAGCAUGGAGGCACCCAAUUACACUGACUGGACUUCCUUGAAAAUCUUCAGUCUAGAAUGUGAUCCAUGGUGUCUAAGAUGAUACUAUAUUUUUAAAUAGUAAAUGACCACUAGGCAGAUGACAGAUUGUGGCAGGAGCACAAGCGCUUGCUUGUGGAGGGAACCAAAUUGAAAUGGAAACUUGAAAUGACCAGCAGUGGGUCUCAAAUGUUGACAUGAAGACAGACACACUCCUGGCACUGUGCACGGAGUUUGACCCACUACAUGAAUGAGAGAGUAUGCAGGUGACAGCUCCAGUAAUAGGCCAGCAGUACAUUAUCACCCUGUGAAACUGGCAACCUCGACCUGUUGGCAAUCAGUUUGGAGUUUGUAAAAAUAUAUGGUUGGCACAGUGAUCAUUGAGGCGAGCCAGCCAAACCAGAGCUAGUGGAACAGAUGCAGAACAAUAUGUCAGGAGUGAAGCAGGAGACUAUGAACUAAAUCAGGAUGAGGCAUCAGGAGUAGAGCAGGGGACCAGAAAUCAAGAACAGGUCUGGGCUCAGUCACCAGGAGAAUGCCAUAAGGUGUGCUUGCAGCAGCAAGCCAAGGAUCCAUUUAGUUGCAUAGAGAGCCUACACAUAGUUUUCCUAUACCUUAAAAUAGUAUGCCUGGGCCAGUCAGGGAAUGUAAUAGGCUCUCUGAGGGUAUGUCUACACUACAGAGUUAGUUAGAACUAACUUAGUUCGAAUU